AUGUCAGACGAAGAGGAUAAUAGAUCAGAAGAAGAAGAAGAGGAAGAAGAAGAAGAUGAAGAAGAUAAUGAAAAUGAAAAAGAUGAUGAAGAUGAAGAUGAAGAUGAAGAUGAAGAUGAAGAUAAAAACAAAGAUAAAGAAUAAGAAGACGAAGACGAAGACGAAGAAGAAAAUGACGAUGAUGAAGAAAAUGAAGAUGAAGUAGAGAAUGAAGACGAUGAAGAAGUAGAAGAAGAUGAUAAAAAAAGAAAGGCAAAAAUGAUAAUAUAUUAGAUAAAGAAAUAAAAGAAGACCAUAAAUCUUAAAGACAAGAAAAUUUAAGCUUAAUAAAGAAUCUUAGAAUAUUAUUGA